AGCGCAGUUGAAAAGACAUAAUAAUAGAUAAAAGGGAAAACAUAGAAGGCGGAAAAAAAAAAUAACAGUAAGGAUCAAGGUGUGUUGGUGGUGAAGAAAGAGUGGUAGAUUAACUGGAAGAAGUGUGGCAACAGGGAGAGGGAGAGAGAGAGAGAGAGAGAGAGAGAGAGUGAGAGAGAGAGUGAGAGAGAGAGAGAGAGAGUGCAGUCCAGCCAGUGGCUGGAGCCAAGCUGAGAGUAAUGGGCUGUGCUCCCAGUAUCCAUGUCUCUCAAAGCGGAGUGAUUUACUGCAGAGAUUCGGAUGAAUCAAACUCUCCACAUCAGACCACCACCAUUUCCCAAGGCACGGCAACAGUCCACAGCUUCUUCAUUAAGGCAGAUGCAGCUGAGUCGCUGCCCUCUAUGCUGGCAUACCAGAGUCGUGCAACACGUACCUCUUCACGCCGAGAGAAGAGGGAGAACAGCAACUGCAUUGAAGCUGAGACCCAAACCAGCCACACCAGUGUUAAGGUUGCAGCAAAGGAAGUACGUUUCGGGCCCAUGAGACUGAUACAAGAUCCUUUUCAGGUUUUGCUCAUCUUUGGAAAAGAAGACAGCCAGAGUGAUGGUUUCUGGUGGGCCUGCGAUAAAGCUGGAUACAAGUGUAACAUCGCCCGCACACAGGAGUCUGCACUGGAAUACUUCUUGGAGAAACACCAUGAAAUUAUAAUCAUUGACAAUCGACAUACCAAAUACUUCCAUGCCGAGGCGAUCUGCAAAUCAAUUCGAGCGACAAAGCCAGGAGAAAAUACGGUGAUCCUGGUCGUAGUUCCCCAGAUGUGUAAUGAUCAAGAGGAGACUUCUGUCUUGUCGAUCCUCAAUGCUGGCUUUAACAGGCGCUACAUAGAGAAUCCCAAUGUAACCGCGUGCUAUAACGAAUUAAUUCAGUUGGAACAUGGAGAAGUGCGUUCACAAUUCAAACUACGGGCAUGUAGUUCCAUAUUUGCAGCCUUAGAACAUUGCCAGGAGGCCAUUGAAAUUACAAGCGAGGACCAUAUCAUUCAGUAUGUGAAUCCAGCAUUUGAACACAUGAUGGGCUAUCAACGAGGGGAGCUGAUCGGUAAAGAACUUACUGAGCUGCCCAAAAGUGACAAAAAUAAAGUGGAUCUUCUUGAUACAAUAAAUACAUGCAUCAAAAAAGGAAAAGAGUGGCAAGGAAUUUACUAUGCGAGGCGGAAAGCAGGGGACAACAUCCAACAGGACGUCACAGUGACACCAGUGGUUGGCCAGGGAGGGAAAAUCAAGCACUUUGUGUCCAUCAAGAAAUUGUGUAACGAUAGUCAUAAGCAGAUCUAUAAUGUGCAGAGUGAUGAGAAAUCUACAGAAGAAAAUUCUCAAUCAGAUUCACAAUCGUUGAGACAUAAGGAUAGACGAAAAGGGUCCAUUGAUGUCAGAUCAAUAACAUCAAAAAGAAGUGAUGCUGGAAGUUCACACAAUCGACGACAUUCCUCAAUGGCCAGAAUUCAUUCAAUGACAAUCGAAGCUCCAAUUACAAAGGUCAUCAAUAUAAUUAACACUGCCCAGGAGACCAGUCCAGCAACUGUUGCAGAAGCCUUGGACAGAGUGCUGGAAAUACUGAGGACCACUGAACUCUACUCACCGCAGCUCAACACGAAGGACGAUGAUCCCCACACCAGUGAUCUAGUCGGCGGCCUCAUGACUGAUGGAUUAAGAAGAUUGUCAAGCAAUGAAUAUAUUUUCAAUAAAAGCUGUCGACAGAUUGAGAAGUCUGACGCACUGCUCUGGACUUCACUUGAUGGGCAGAUUGAAGAAGAACCAGACUUGCAGCAAAGUCACAGCCACCUUGCCAUUCCAGUUGCCUUUGGUGACAUACCUCCACGUGCAGCAGAAUUACUUGCUGAAGAAGACAACUGGGAUUUCGACAUUUUCGAGCUGGAAGCUGUAACUAACAAGAGGCCCUUGCUCUACCUUGGCUUAAAAAUCAUGACACAGUUUGGCGUAUGUGGAUUUUUAAACUGUUCCGAAGUUACCCUGAGAUCAUGGCUUCAAGUCAUAGAAACCAACUACCAUGCAUCAAAUUCAUACCACAAUUCCACACACGCAGCUGAUGUGUUGCACGCCACAGCAUAUUUCCUUCGAAAAGACCGAGUUAAGGGGUGCCUGGAUGAAAUGGACGAGGUUGCAGCCCUCAUUGCAGCUACCGUGCAUGAUGUGGACCACCCAGGUCGCACCAACUCCUUCCUGUGUAACGCAGGAAGUGAGCUGGCCGUCCUCUACAACGACACUGCUGUCCUGGAGAGUCACCAUGCAGCGCUGGCCUUCCAACUUACAGCCGGCGACAACAAGAGCAACAUCUUCAAGAACAUUGAAAGAAAUCUGUUUCGAACUUUGCGACAGGCAAUUAUUGACAUGGUUUUGGCAACAGAGAUGACAAAGCAUUUCGAACAUGUGAACAAAUUUGUAAACAGUAUCAACAAACCCAUGUCAUCCAUUGAAGAAACCAGUUUAAAUAGUGAGAGCAGUGAUGGUGAAUGUCCUUCCGGAAUAAAGAAUGCCAUAGAGAACAGACUGCUCAUCAAACGCAUGUUGAUAAAGUGUGCUGAUGUCGCCAACCCUUGCCGUUCAGUCAACCACUGCAUAGAAUGGGCGGGGAGGAUUUCAGAAGAAUAUUUUGCUCAGACAGAUGAAGAGAAAAGCCAAGGCCUCCCUGUUGUAAUGCCAGUGUUUGACAGGAAUACCUGCAGUAUUCCAAAAUCUCAGAUAUCCUUCAUCGAUUAUUUUAUAAAUGAUAUGUUUGAUGCUUGGGACGCAUUUGCAAACCUGCCUAAUUUAAUACACCACUUAGCCGAGAACUACAAAUACUGGAAAACUUUAGAUGAAUCCAAUUAUAAAGGUCUACGACCACCAUCUGAUCUUUAAAGCCAAGCUGAAAGGACAACAUCUUUCUCAUCGAUCUCACUUUAAAUUGUGACUCAAGCCACUAAGAGAUUAUAUUUUAGUUCAAGUGACUAUAUAUUACAAUGUAAUAUAAAUCCUACACAAAGCAGGAAGCUUUGAUGUACAGAAUGCAGGAAAACGGUGUUGAAUUAUCACAGCAAUGUCCCAUCUACAAUCAUAAUAUCAGAGUUCUGAAUUUCAAGACGGGCUUUUCUCAUGAUCAAGACGUUUUAGUGCCGUGCCAGGCGUUCCUGAUUCACGCAGAGAAGGCAAAACAAAAAUAUGUGUUUCUGUCAUCAUUGAACAAAAGCCAUGACAUUUAUAUGCUAUUCUUUGUCCUUUCCUCUAAGUUACAGUGUGCAAGAAGCAAGAAUUAGGGACAAGACUCUUGACUGAUUUUUGCCAAUUUCAGAUAAAAUGACAAUUGCAACAUUAAGCCGAGUGGGAAUGAUGGUUUACGUGCUCUCUCAGUAAGCCUUCCGGGUGAAGUAACAAAUCAGCUCAACAAAUUAUGACGGGGUGGAGUUUCAUUAAGUUAUCUCACAGUGUAUAUAUUUAAUUAAUAUUUUAAGCUGUAACAUUGCCAAGUUUUUUUACUUGUACCUGCAACCAGUUAGUGUGGUUGAAUUAAUUUUAUUUUCCAAAACCCGAUUAAAUGAACCAAACAUCAUAUUUCCAUAUUCCAUAAUCAUUUAUGUGGAAAUAAGCACCAGUGAUUUUUCCCCCCCAUCAUAUUCAGUGCAGCAUCUACAAUAGCCCCAUUGUAACUGUUUUAUUGUUCUAAACAAGAGUUCUAAACAGUCAAAUUAUGGCUAAAGCCCCUGUCCCACUUAGGAAACCUGAACGGAAACCUCUGGAGACUUUGCGCCCCACCCAAG